CUGCUGCGUAUAUUCACACCCAAAUUAUAUGUGCAGUCUCAUAUCCUGGGCAUUUCCACAAAAAAAAAUCCAUUUCAUUGCUGCAGCAUCAAAUUUAUUUCUGUCAGCAACAUUUGCUACUGCAUGCUGCAACGAGAAGAAAAAAAAACUAACUUGCAUAGCACUGCACCCUACCAUUCAUACCACCAUACACCACACACUCUAGUAUAAGAUUUCUUGGCUUGUUUGCAAGCUCCUGUGUCCUAGGCUCCUGGCCCUUUGCCUUUUUAACCUGAGCUCAGAGCCAGCCAAAACCUGCACAACCUUUUCCUCUUGAGAAUUCUAGAGAGAGGGAGAGGGAGAGGCCAAGCUAUGGGAGAGGAGGCAGCCAUGGUCAUGGAGAGUGCAUACCAAGAACUGGCGCCGGCGCCGGUGAAGGGAGGAGGAGGAGGAGGAGGAGGGAAGAAGAAGAGGAAGCAGAAGAGGGAAGGAGGAGGGGAGAGGAGGAAGGAGUGCAGGCUGGUGAGCUACCACGAGCUGCCGGACUACAUGAAGGAGAACGAGUUCAUCCUCAACUACUACCGCUCCGAGUGGCCCAUCCUCAAUGCCGUCCUCAGCCUCUUCUCCUGGCACAACGAGACCAUCAACAUCUGGACGCAUCUUCUUGGGUUCGUGGUGUUCUUUGGCCUCACUGUCCUGCAUCUCGGCCAGUACUUCCCCCAGGUUGCUGAUCUCAUCGGCCACCUCUCCUGGCCAAUCUCAAAAGUUGCUGAAAAUGUCUCCAGCAAUAUUGGAGAUGUCCUCUCUGGCGCGGCGUCGCUCAUGCAGGCGAGCCCGGCGGCGCUGGCGGCGGUGGCGCCGCAGGCGGCGACGACGCGGUGGCCGUUCUUCGUGUUCCUCGCCGGCGCCAUGUUCUGCCUGCUGAGCAGCGCGGCGUGCCACCUCCUGUCGUGCCACUCCCACCGCCUCAACCUGUUCCUGAUCCGCCUCGACUACACCGGCAUCGCCGUCAUGAUCGUGGUGUCCUUCUUCCCGCCGAUCUACUACAUCUUCCAGUGCGAGCCGCGGUGGCAGGUGGUGUACCUGUCGGCGAUCACCGCGGCCGGCGUGGGCACCGUGUACGCGCUCAUGUCGCCCAGGCUGAGCGCCGCCAGGUACCGCGCCCACCGCGCGCUGCUGUUCGUCGGCAUGGGCCUCUCCGGCGUCGUCCCGGCCGUCCACGCCGUCGCCGUCAACUGGCACGAGCCGCGCCGGAACGUGACGCUGGCGUACGAGGGCGCCAUGGCGCUGUCCUACCUCACCGGCACGGCGUUCUACCUCUCCCGCGUGCCGGAGCGGUGGUGCCCCGGCAAGUUCGACCUCUGCGGCCACAGCCACCAGAUCUUCCACGCCCUCGUCAUCGCCGGCGCGCUCGCCCACUACGCCGCCGCCAUGGUCUUCAUCCAGGCGCGCGACGAGAUGGGCUGCCCGGCCUAGCGACAUUGACGACGCACAGACAUUCUCUCGUCAUAAUUUCAUACAGCAGAUUACACAAAAAAAAAACAGCAUACAGUAGUAGACGAUCGAUCGAUCGAUCGAAUUGAUUUGAGUGGGAGAACCAAAAAAAUUGCGUUUUGAUUUAAACUUGUGAGGUUUUUCAACAUUUUUAAAUUCGUUUUAGUUUGCAGGAGUCAUGAUCAAGUGUGAGAUAUUACCGUCGUCUCGUCCGGUUAAUGACAGGGAUUGAUUGUUAUAUGUUAGCAGUGUCGAAACAUGUACAUACAACAAAGCUCGUGUCUGUUGCUUAUUUGUUCGUUGUAAGAUGCAACAAAAGAAGAGAUAAUGCAAUACGACUAUGCAUAGUACGUCGUUGCUUGUCA